AUGUCCUACUACGAGAACAACCCGCAGUGGUCCAAUCCCGGCCAGAACAACUGGGAACACCAAGCGCCUCCUGCCCGUGCUGGUGAGUCGGCCCAGUUGUCGCAACAGCACCAAAUCGCAAAGCCAGACGCCGGAAUUGACUCGAGGUUCUCGCCAACAGGUGCCAGCGGCCCCACGCCUCAGGACGACUUCGCAUUCUUCUACCAGUUCGAGGAGGUUGAUCGUGCAUACGAGAAUCUCGCCAAGAGCGGGAAGUCGUACGGAAUGGGCGGUCGACGUGAGUACCCAACCCCUGGUGGUCCCAAGAUGGGUCCCGCCGGCCAUGGUCCCGCCAGAAAAUCCCUCGACUUCACUGGACGCAUGGGAGCCGGAGCCGGUCCCGGUCCCCGACCGCACUCGGUCAACCAGUUCGAUGAUGCCCGAGGCCACCCCAACUCGAACCUCCAGAGCUUUUACGCCUCCCAGCGCCACCAGCCAUCCCGUGGCUCCAACGACGCGGAACAGAUGAUGCAGGCCAAGAGAAGGAUGGCCGCCCAACGGGAGCGGGAGCUGCGAAACCUGCACACUGAGCAGCAAUACCAACGAAGUAGGCCGCCCUCUUCUGUAUAG